GAACAGCCAGUCGACAGAGUACGAGCAAUAAAUAGAUGGGACUACAAAUGAAGAACAGACAAGGAGGAGUCACGUGAAUGAUAUGCUUCAUGCCUUGGAUAAAACUUACCACUUCACUGGUGGGCCACUGUACCAAUCACAAUGAUUGCCUAAAAUAGUAGUUCAUGCACUAUCAUGUAUAUACCAUACACUUGCGUACAUAUGCAUGGAUCCAAAUCCUCUCCCUACGCUCCGCUGUCUACAUACCUCUCUCUCUCUACGAGAUAUCUGCCGUCCAUAUAUCACCCACUUGAUCCAAAACAGUUCAGUUAUCGUUCUCAUGUUUCAUCCAAGCGAACAAAGCAACCUUGCCUGUCCUUCCAGCCCCUCAAAAUCCUUCUAAUCCCAUUUCUUCAAACUAGAUCAACCUGUGAACUCAACCACUUGCGCCUUUAUAUUCGAAUCUUGCGUGUGCCCGAGUUUGGGCAAACAGGUGCAUGCUCACUCCAUCAAGACUGGGUUUCAAGAGCAUGAAUUUGUUGAAAACAAGUUGCUUCGGAUGUAUGGUAGCACUGGCUGUUUACAUGAUGCGAGUUUGGUGUUCGCCAAAAUGCCGCUUAGAAACGUGUAUUCUUGGACAGCUAUCCUGAAUGUUUAUGUUGAUCAUGGGUUCUUUGAGGAAGUGCUUCUUCUUUUUCAAGAGCUGCUAUACGAGAUGUUCAAUUAGACUUCUUUUCGUUCCCUGUGGUGUUGAAGACAUGUUACGGUCUUGAUGUCCAAUGUGAAUAUUUGAAAUGGUAUUUUAGCUGGGGGUGUGGAAAAUAGCCAUUCAGCAAUUCAAUUAUUCACUGAGAUGCAGAACUCAAAUUUGAAACCAGACAUACAUGGACUAAUUUUAACAGCACGCUCUAAGUUGGCCUUCAUCCACCGAGGAAAGCCAUUCCAUGCAUAUUCAAUUAGGGCCGGGCACGAUUCUGAUGUUCACGUUGCAGCUGCCAUAGUGUAAACCCUGAUUCGGUGUCCCACAAUGCUAUUCUUACUACUUAUGCCACGCAUGGACAUGGGGAUAAAGGAAUUGCUCAUUUUCGCGAAAUGUUAGCUAGCCAAGUUAGACCAGAUGGCAUAACUUUUCUGUCAGUUCUUUCUUUAUGCGUUCUUGCGGAUCAAUUGGGAUGGGUCGUGAAUGUUUUUCACCGAUGGAUACUUACAGCUUGACGCCCACAUCAAAGCAUUAUACAUGUAUGAUUGUCCUCUUGAGCCGUGCAGGCAAACUCAAUGGUGUCAAGAAAAUGCCAAAAGAAGCUCAUUCUGUGACGUGGAGUUCUCUGCUUGGAGCAGGGAGAUGGCAUGAUCUUGCUCAAACUAGACAAUUGAUGAAAUACGAAGGCAUGCACAAGAGUCCAGAAUGCAGCUGGACAGAAGACAGAGAUGGGGUUCAUGACUUUCUUGCCAGUGAUAGAACUAAUGCAAGAACAGAGGAGAUAUAUCCAUUGGAACAAGGCGUACGAGUCAUUUCCAGCAUGAGAAUCUUGUUUUCCCCCCUUUGGCCUGUACAUAAUGUACUUGUUAAAUAG